CAGCCUCCACUCCCCACCCCCAAAUUCACCGAUCACCAGCGGCGGAGACAGAGAAGGUAAGGUAAGAUGAAGUACAACUCCAGAGUGUCGUCCUCCCGGCGCAAGAGCCGCAAGGCUCAUUUCACGGCGCCGUCCAGCGUCCGCCGCGUCAUCAUGAGCGCCCCGCUCUCCGGCGACCUCCGCACCAAGUACAGCGUCCGCUCGAUGCCGGUGCGCAAGGAUGACGAGGUCCAGGUGGUGCGCGGGACCUACAAGGGCCGCGAAGGGAAGGUCGUCCAGGUUUACCGUAAGAAGUGGGUGAUCCACAUCGAGCGCAUCACAAGGGAGAAGGUUAACGGAUCCACGGUGAACGUCGGGAUCCACCCCUCCAAGGUCGUGAUUACCAAGCUCCGCCUCGACAAGGACCGGAAAUCGCUGCUCGACCGCAAGGCGAAGGGGCGCGCCGUCGCGGACAAGGACAAGGGCACAAAGUUCACCGCCGAGGAUAUCAUGCAGACUAUCGAUUAGGAGGUUCGUCGUCUUUUUUAAAACGGUUGUUAAUUUUUGGAUCUAUGUCGAUGAGAGAAACCGCCCUAUGUUCUAUUGAUUUUGAUGGAUUUUGUUUCGCUUCAUAGAUGACUGCAUUAGCUAUAUGGAUCAUUUUUGUUUUUGGUCA